AUGAACUCGGUAGACGCUCUGACGGCCAGUGGUCAGGCCAGAGUUCAAGUGGGAAACAUCACCAACAACUAUAGCGAGUCGGCCACCAAUCAAUGCCUACGUGACCUGCGGUUAACCGACCCCCGCGACGACAAGAAACGCAUCGAGCAGACGAAGGGCGGCCUAUUUAGAGACUCGUAUCACUGGAUUCUCGAUAAUGCCGACUUCCGACGAUGGCGGCAUGACCCACGGAGCCGAUUGCUCUGGAUCAAGGGUGACGCUGGCAAGGGCAAGACCAUGCUACUCUGCGGUAUCAUCGACGAGCUCGAGUCCGCAGCCGACACCAGCCAACUGUCCUACUUCUUCUGCCAAGGUACCGACUCCCAGCUCAACAAUGCCACUGCGGUCAAAAAGUAUGACGAGGCAGGGAAACGGUUGUUCGAAGACCAAAACGCUUUCUAUGCGCUACGCGACAUCUUUAACGCCAUCUUGCGAGAUCUGGGGCUCACAGGGGCGUACUUUGUUAUUGACGCCCUCGACGAGUGCGAGCAUGAUUUGCCACUGCUUCUAGAGAUUAUCAAGGAAACAACGACAGCAUCCCUGCCGAUCAAAUGGAUCAUUUCCAGUCGGAAUAGGCCCGACAUUGAACGACAUUUUACCCUCCAUGACUCUCGCAUAAGGCUCAGUCUCGAGCUGAAUGCCCAGCACGUCUCUCACGCCAUCGAGCUUUACAUCGACCACAAGGUCUCCCAGCUCAAGCCAACUGUAUCUAACACCGGGCCUCUUACUACGGGGCUUGUCGACUUCUUGAAGGACGCCGUACGCUUUGCACUUAGAUACGGGUCGAUCAUCGAGGAGGCACCUUUACAGACAUAUGCUGCCGCACUAGUAUUCUGUCCAACGAACAGCAAGGUGAAAAGUCAAUACCGAGAAGAAAUGCCAUCAUUUGUCGAGGAUGUUGCAGGCAUCGACGAGACUUGGGAUUCAUGUCUACAGACUCUCAAGGGCUAUGCCAACAGUGUAGCGUUCUCACCAGAUAGCCGGACACUUGCAUCUUCUUCAUAUGAUCAAGCAAUAUGCCUCUGCGAUACAGUGACAGGCCGAGUGAAGCGGAGACUGGUCCAUAACAGCUUUAGUAAGAGCGUAGCAUUCGCGCCAGAUGGCCGGACGCUUGCAUCGGUUUUAGGCGAUGGAACAGUACAGCUCUGGGAUGUAGCAACAGGCCAAGAAAUGCAGGCCCUCAAGGGCUACGCCAACAGUGCAGCGUUCUCACCGGAUAGCCGUAUGCUUUCAUCGGCUUCAAGUGAUCGAACAGUACAGCUCUGGGAUGUGGCAACAGGCCAGGUAACACAGAACCUCGAAGGCCAUAGUGGCCAGGUCUACAGCGUGGCCUUCUCACCAGACGGCCAGACGCUUGCAUCAGCUUCACAGGAUGGGGCAGUACACCUCUGGGAUAUAGAAGCAUGCCGAAUAAGACAGACACUAAAGUCCUGUAGCAGCUUUAAGAGUCUAAGGUUCUUAGCUGGGGACCCAGUCAAUGGCAUCGCAUUCUCACCAGACGGCCGGACGCUUGCAUCAGCUCCAGGGGGCGGAACACUACAGCUCUGGGAUGUGGCAACAGGCCAGGUAACACAGAACCUCGAAGGCCAUAGUGGCCAGGCCCACAGUGUGGCGUUCUCCCCAGACGGCCAGAUGCUUGCAUCAACUUCAUUUGAUUAUGUAGUACGGCUUUGGGAUGUGGCAACAUGCCAGGUAAUUCAGGUACUAGGCCAUAGCCAGAGAGUCAACGGCAUAGCGUUCUCACCAGAUGGCCAGACGCUUGCAUCAGCUUCAUUUGAUGCAGUACAGCUCUGGGAUAUGGGGGCGAGCCAAGUGACGUAUACAACACAGAACCUCAAAGGCCAUAGUCGCGACGUUGGCAGCGUGGCAUAUUCACCAGAUGGCCGGAUGCUUGCAUCAGGUUCGUAUAACGGAGCAGUACGACUCUGGGAUCUAGCAACAGGCCAGGCAACACAGACGCUUAAGAGUAGCCCUCUUUGGAGAAAGAAGCCCCUAAUUGAUGGAAGAGUACAGCUCUGGAAUACAGUGACAGGCCAAGAGAUGCAGACACUCGAGAGCAAUGACAAAGCGUCUGAGUUGAUGAGUAUGGCGUUCUCACCAGACAGCCGGAUGCUUUCAGUCGCUUUGUGGGAUGGAAUGAUAUGGCUCCGGGAUGUGGCGACAGGCCGAGAGAUGCAGACGCUUAAGGGUUACGAUAGAGGGGUCUUUGGCGUGGCGUUCUCGCCAGAUGGCCGGACGCUUGCGUCAGGCUUAUGGAAUGGGAUGAUACAGCUCUGGGAUGUAGCAACGGGGCAAGUGACCCAGACGCUCAAGGAUGAUAGUCAAUCGGUCAAGCUUGAGAGCAUGGCGUCCCUGCUCAGAGGCCCACCCAAGGCCCUGCUGGCCCGCAAUAAGAUCGUGACGUUCUCACCAGACGGCCAGACGCUUGCGUCAGCUGGGCGGGAUCGAUUGAUAAAGUUCUGGGAUGUGGCGACGGGUCAACUGACGGGGUGGAAGGACGUGGACGAUGGAUGGAGGCUUGAGAGCGUGGCGUUCUCACCGGACGGUCGGAUGCUUGUAUCGGCUUCAUGGGAUGGAACGGUGCGGCUCUGGGAUGUGGCAAUAGGCCGAGCGAUGCGGACCCUCUCGGGAUUCGAUGUUGGCCCAGCGAUUUCAUAUUUCCGAUUUGACAAAGCCGGCCGUUUGCAUACCAACCUUGGCACAUUCCAUAUACAACCUACGGAAUCUUCUACGGCCGAAACCGUUGCCUCUCCAGAUCAUUCGGGUUCUUUACUUCAACCCAUAGGAUAUGGCUUGAACCGCAACCGCGAGUGGAUUACAUAUGACGGCGAAAAUGUACUACGGUUGCCCCCGGAGUAUCGGGUAACCUCAUCAGCUACCUCUGGAUCUCGUAUUGCGAUCGGCUGUUCUUCCGGACGGGUCCUAGUCCUAAGAUUCUCAGGAGACAAUCCCAUCUCGAAGCCAGGUUAA